CCAAAUCAGGCAGUUUGGGCCUAAGAACAAACAUCUGUCUAUCAAGAGGCCAAUAGACUAACUCCUCUGAUGCAUUCGGCCGUUGUGUAUUCUCCGUCCAUCAUGGUGCUGGCAAGCGAACUGACAAUACAUCUGUAUAGCAGCUUUAGAUCAUGAGAAACUUCCAUUGUACUAUAUUCUCUCUACUCGUCGAAACCCAAUCUCUCAGUCAAUCUUGUUAUCCGCGCGUACAUGAGUCGAUAGUGGUAGUAGUAUUCAUCUGCCUAGAAAGUUCAAUAUUACGGCAGCUUCUUUCCCGACAAUGGACGUAUUUCUUUCAAAGGUGACGCAGCAGGCAAUGAACUAUGCAAUCCGGUCGGGAAUCACCAUUACUGCUGGAUAUGCCAUCCGACAGUCCUCCAAGCUGCUGAAGACUGUUAGCGAUUCUGAACGAGCAGAACUGCAAACUCUCCAGGACCGUUUGCAGAACAAAAUAAAAAUAAUAUCGCCAGCCAUCGACAUGAUUGAAUUGAUAGCUGCCCGUGGUAAUACCUCUCUUGAAUCUGCAUUAGCACUUACCAAGGCUUUAAGGUGGGAUAUUCAACGCCUUGGUGAGCGGCUAUCGAAAGCUGUUUCUUUGGAAGAAUUGUAUCGACAAGGAGCAAUUCAAUCCAAAAGCCGCGCAAAACUCGAUGACGAGAUCAAAUUUAUUAUCAAGGAUAUCCGAAAUCUUCUUCAGAGAAUUGAAGAUGCAGUUCCCCUAAUAAACCUUGCCAUUACAACUUCUGGAGCUAGUUUGUCAACAUCCCUACCCGCUACGGUAUCGCCAUCACGAUUACUCCAGGCUAGUACAUUUUUAACCAGCGGGGAUACACAAUACUCCAUGUCCCCAUCGCAGCCCGUGCAAAUUGGCCCGACAUUUACGCUAUCAGUGUACAUGCUGUUUUCAGGGCAUAUUCGUCCUGUGGAUGAAGAGAGUGUCCGAAAUACUACUUGGAAGGAGGUAAUCCACAAAGCGAGGGUUAAGGUACGGCGUGUGCCUAUGGAUAUGAUAUUUUCAUCAUAUGCGAACCCACAUCAUCUACACGAACGGUCUAGUACGAGAAAUAUUCGUGGAGAAGCCAGGAUAGAUGAAUUUGCAUACCAAUUCCUCAUUAUCGAAGACCUCGAUGAUGGUCGUGUACAUACCGAUAUUGAAAAUGUUAGCAGUUAUGAAGAUGUUGCGCUUGCGGGGAUCAGGGAGAUAGUGCCUAUUCAUGAGAUUUCGAAGAUCUUCUACGCUGAUACUGGCAAGAUUCUUAAUAUUGGAAGUGAAGGAGAGACGAACAAUCCUGUACUGCUUUUGAAAAGGGACAUCAAUGCUAUCCCUCCUAGACGCAUGAUGGAUCAACGGGACGCUGAUUUCGACAAGUUUGGAGAUGAGGAAACAAGUGAAAGCUCAGAAGAUGAGGAACAAUCUCAGCUUGACGCACAGCUUUUAGGAGGAGAUUCUCCAUCACCCACUCACCAAUACGACCCAAAUGAGUCUCAGCAAUACAAAUUUCCACCAGGCCUAGACCUCGAGUGGAUUGCAUUUGAAGUCCACGACGAAAGUGACGAUUCGGACUCCGAAACCGAAGCGGAAUCCGAGCCGGAGCCUCCCGCCCCUUCAUCAACCGCAGCCUCAAGCUCAACUCACAAUUCCCGUUCCAAAUCUGUAGACCCGCAAAUAUCGGAAAAAAUGGCACAUCUUCACCUACGCACAGAAGACAAAUCAACGUCCUCCCCAUCGCUAACACCCACUCCACAGCGGCAAGUGGCACCCCAGCCAUCGCCACAACUACCCAACCAGCAAUCCACCCUUACUCACCCCCUCUUCAACAACAUCCGUACCUCCCUUUCCCUCCUCGAAACACUCCUCCGCCUAACGUCCCUCCAACAAUUUCAGCAACAAUCCCACCUCUCCAUCACCGAUGAACUUCUCAACUUCUUCCUGGAAGAGUCCUCCGCAACUGGCGCAGGCGGUGACGAACACCACCGCCAACGCGUGCGCACCGAAGCUCGCCGUAAAGUUGGCUGGGACCCAUACAACGAAAGUCCCCUGAAGCGACAUGGCGAGGAAUACCAAUACCAAAACAACGGUGCGGACUCUGAGUAUGAGCAAGGGCCGAUACAGUCAACUCGUAGCCCCGCAGCGUUGAGUCCCCGAGCGGCUGGAUGGACUUCCCCACUUAACAGCCCAUACCUGGGGUCACCCAGUGAAAUUCAACAGUUUGAUGGGCGCAGGAGGUCGUCUCGUCGUUCGAUAACGCCGCUAGAAGGUCCUAUCGAUUCGUCAGCGCCAGCUUCACCGUCCAUUCGCCCUCCCCCCCAGGGGGGUUGGCGACCUGCGACACUCAGAAGGCAACAGCCGCAACGGAAAGAGAGCCGUCAGUUGGUCCGCCCGGUGACGGGACAGAAGGAUGAAGAGCUAGGUGCUAGUCCCGGUUCGACACGAGCAAAUUCAAAAGAAGGGUCAGGUGGUUAGUUAAGCGGUGUUCGGUUUUUGCUUGUUUUGUACUGAUAAAAUGGAAGGAAAUUGAGAUAACUAUACGGUAAUGAAUUGAACGAGUGUUUAUGCAAGCGUUUUUCUCUAGAUCCUGGAGCAUUCUAGCUUUCCUAUCCCGUAGUGUGGGAUCUGUACCGUACGUUUCCGCUGUAGCGUAGCUGGAUAGAUCGUUGAAAAGCUAUAUAUUUUGAUUUACCAUAUCAACUUACUAGGGGGCAUGAAGCUGCUGAAUGGAGAUCAUGGCUAGGCGGAACAUCAAGCAGAUGUACGGGUUAACCUACCUCGAAAUAUGGUACAACUCGUAGGGUUUAAAUUUUUAUUAUUAGAGCCAUGAGCUGAAACAAUCUAUCAAUAAAACGCCUAGCUCAACCGUGUAGGUUAUGAAGUUUAACUCCUCAAACCGAAAAC